CCACGUGUUAGGGAAGACGGGAUACAGACCCCCAACUACAUCAUCCACAGUCUUCAUUCAUUUUUGUUUUUGUUUUGCUUGGGGGAAAAAAUAUAUAUAGGCUCGCGUGCGCGCAGAGACAGAUUUCCCGGGUUCAUAAUGAUUUGCCGAAGAACAAGAACCCGAUGACGUCGUCACGGGGACGGUUGGUGCUGGUGGUGGAACCGACUCAGUGAAGAAAAGAAAUGGCGAUGCUCGGAGGCUAUAGCGCAGCACCUCACAAGAAGAACGCCUCGGACGGGAGCAACGACGUGUCCGAAUUCGUCUGUCCAGUUUGCCUCGAAAUAUUCGACAGUCCCGUGACAACACAGUGUGGACAUACGUUUUGCCACAGUUGUUUGCAGGAAUGUCUGCGUCCACAGAAGCCCGUUUGUGCUGUAUGUCGAGGUGCUCCGGGCCACUGGACUAAAGCUGCUCAACUCGAGGCACUCAUUCAAUCUUCUGUGGCAGCCUGUAAGGGUUGUGGCACACAGGUUGGGCUUUCUAAGAUGAGAAGCCACACAGCUGCCUGUUCAAAAUACCAGGAGUACAUUGAGGAGGGAGUCAGGACAACUGCCCAGAGUCAGCCUGCCAUCGUCAGUUCGGUGCCAAAUCGCUACACCUUCACCUGCCCCUACUGCAACUGCCAGAACCUCGACCAGGACGGCCUGGUUGAACAUUGCACAACCCAACAUGCUCGAGAUGCACGCCAAGUGGUGUGCCCCAUCUGUGCCUCGAUGCCUUGGGGAGAUCCUAACUACAGGAGUGCUGACUUUUUCCAGCACCUGAAGAUCAGACACACUUUCUCCUAUGAUACAUUUGUUGAUUAUUCCACAGAUGAGCACACAAUGAUUCAGGAGGCUUUACAGCGCUCCCUUAUGGACCACUGAAGUGUGAAAACAAUCCACCGGUGGAGGGAAUCCAGUCAAAUGAAGGGAUGAUGGUCUUGAAAAGACAAAAACACACAGUGUCAUCAUUCAUCUAGAAUGGGGAUGGUGGUACUGACUUAUGGGUAAUUAUUUUUCAUAGGGAACUGGUAUCGUAACUAUGAGUAUAUAGGUUUAUUAUUCUGAAAAUAAAUCACGCAAUAUGGUUAAAAAAAACAAAAACAUAUUGUACUGUUUGAUUUAGGAGUAAUACUGUGUUUCUGGUGUGAUAAUCACUUAUCUUCCCCUCCCCCCAGCUGAGUCUGUAGACUGGAUAGUUUGUUAGGUAUCUGCUAAACUAUGUUUAAGCUGUUUGUUUAUCAAUGACAAAGUGUCAUCUAGCAACAAAACAUCCAAACUUGUGAUUUAAAAAUUCUGCAGUCAAUACUUGAUGUUAUGAGAGGGUCUAACCACUAGGUGGCUACCUAUUGCCAGCAGACAACAAACUUCACUCCGUGAAGUCUUCAAGUAACAGAAAAAUAUAUUAUACUAAUUCUACUCGCAUGUUUAUGCAAAAAGUUAAAAAGGGUAAAGGGACUUUUAUUUCUUUUUUUUUUUUCUUUUUCUUUUUUUUCUUUGUUUGUUUUUUUGGUUUGUUUUUUUUACCACAGUUUUUCAGCAGAUGGGGGGGGGGAACUCUGUCUUUUCAGUGCUGUUUUUGAUUGAAGCGCGUGUGUUUGUGCAUUAGAGUGUGGCUGGGUGUGUUCAUUCUGUUUUGACAGAUCUACUGGUAAGAAUAAACAAUGAGGGUCAGACACAGCCAGAGAUGGCAUUUUUGCUUUUUUGUGAUGUUUCUCCCUUAUGUCUUUGUGCCUGCUGGUAGAUCUUGUUUUCAACCUUCCAGAACUCAUAGGGCUAACACAGUAGUUCAUUCAGUGAAUCUACAGAUGCAAGUAUUUAAAAAAAAAAAAAAAAAUCAAAAAAAAAAAUCAGUGUGUUUGGGUUCAUUUGGUCACUUUCAUGUGAGAGUUUAUUUGCAUGUGUCUAAACCACAAGAGGGCAGUAGAGUUCUACAUUUCUGUGACAACAUGACAACAGCUGGUUCUUGCAGGACAUAAUUGAAGACAGAUUUCAUUCUAUAAGUGUGCUUUACCCAGUGCUUUGUUCUCCACUUAUUGCUUUUGUUUUAAUACAAAAAUCACUGGUAUUUGAAUAUUUAGGUUUUUGGUGGGGUUGUCAUUGUUAAAACAAAAUAACCACAAUUUCAGUUUGUGCAGUUGAUGAAGUGACAUAACAAAAUACUUUAAAUGUAACUUAUUGAUGUGUGUUUCUCAUGCCCAGUGUCUCAGAUGGUCUUUACUAAAAACACUCCAGUUU